GGAGAAGCCGAUCCAUGGCGCCCCUCGAACCCGCAACCGGAGAAUGGCCUUAUCGAUCAAAGAAGUUAAGCAGAUCGCUCAAGGACUCCAGAGAAACACCAGACAGUCCUCGGAUCAAUCGGAUCUUGCUGGAUCCGAUACGGAUCUGUUAGCGGCAGAAGUUCGUAAGCCCUUGAGGGCUAAAACCCCCUUCAAACUGCCUGAAAAGUGUGAGAUGUUGGCGGAGUUUUUUAAUUCCAUGGAGAGCUCGAUCCGAUUGCUUAGAAUGAAGGGAUCGUCGCCUACAUUUGCUAAUAUCUCUGCUAGCAUUCAGAAUUUGACUGAAAGGAGGUUUACACGUGGGCAUUUGGCCCAAUUGAAGCAUAUUUUGCCGGAGGCUAUUGUAAUCAAGAAUAUGAACUUGCACGAUGAGGUUACGAGUUGUGUGAAGCCCGAGCUUCAUGUCGCUCUCCAACUUUCCGCAUUUGAGGAAACUGCGAAGGAGAAAGGAGAGAGUGGGUACUCAGUCUUGAGAAGAGUGUUUAGAGAAAGGCUUGUGGAUUUUUCAAAGAGACACCCAGAGGGAUAUGACAUUCCGGAAGAGCAACUUCCGCAUCCAUUCAGCCAAACAAAGCAAACCAACAUUUCAAAUGGAUUAAGACACUCAGCCAUCCCUCCAAUUAUUUCCUCAUCAGCCAAUACUCAUUCUCAACAUGAACUCGCAGUGCCUUCUCAUAUUUCUAGAUCUUUCCAAAGGAGAUUUUCUCAGAAAGUACCCAUCUCAGAUGCACAAAAAACUUCUCUCACAUGCCAUGACAGUUCACCUCUUAAAGACAGUUCUCUCGACCCUAUUGCUCCAUCUCCUAUGAAACACAUUUCAAGACUGCCCUUAAGAAGGAAAUCAUUGUUUGGUUGCCCAAUUAUCUCUCCAUCAUCCAACGCUCUUACAACUCAUGAAGAAGAACCCAAAAUAGACGUAAUGCCUGAAAGCAUUUCUCAGAAAGAAGUAAAUGCUUUAGAGGGAACACCAGCCAAACUAAUUUGCACUCCAUCAAAGCUAAUGUCUGCCACUCCAGAUAUUCAAACUCCAAAGAGACAACGACCUCCAAUGGAUUGUGAUACCACACCACUGAAGAGGUCAACUAGGCGAUCGACUCAAACCAAGUUAUUAUUUAACACACCAAAAAAGAGCGCAACAAAAUUGGAUGAAGAGACUGAAGCAGAGAGUUCAUCAGUGAUUGAUGACGUUCUCCAUUUUCUACCUCAGUCUCUCUUGCAAUCGGUAAGGGAAAAGGAGAGAAAAGCAUUAGUGGAGAAGGAUGCUGGUGUUGCUGAAGCAAGGAAACGGCAAAAGCUAAUUGCAGGCUUGCCUACUACUUUUGACAUGAUACUUCUAAUAUUUCAGUCAAUAAAUCGAUCUGUUAUGACAAAGGAAGAACUUACUCACAAGCUAAUUGCAAAUAAUUGUAAAAUUGUUGACAAAGGUGAAGUUGACGAACAGCUGAAACUAUUGCAAGAACUAAUUCCAGAUUGGAUCUCUAAGAAGAUUGCAUCAACUGGUGACAUCCUAUAUAGUGUCAACAAACUAUCAAGCCCACAAGAGCUUCGACAAAGGCUCGUAGAAGCGGAGUAAGCUAGUUCUUCUUAGAUGCAGGGGCCCUUGGCAUCAUGAAGCGUUUGCUGUUAGCCAAAGCUAAUGUUCCCUUGUAGUGGAAUCAAGAAAGUUGCUAAUUUCCCCUAAUUGGA